AUGGAUAACAAACUCCCUAUCGACUUCACUCAAUGGUCUUCAGAGAGUAUUGCAAAGUUUCUUGCAACCCGGAAGUCUGAACCCGAUAUUGAUUCAUUUGUGACGAGUGUUGUAAAAUUGGUCGAAGAGUUUAAGGAGAAUAUUGAAGCAGCUGAGAUAAUCGAAGAUUCGGCAUUUGAUGAUGACAAGAAGUCUUUAGAUUUGGAAUCGGACACUUCUCGGGACGUCACCACGUCAGCGAGAGUAUCUCUACAUCAUCUCUACAGUGAGCAAUAUAUCAAACAAGAUGACACAUUACGUUAUAUGAAACGUCUUGAUGCGGGCAAAGUACUUUCAUACGAUUUUACAAUCAUCAACGUAACUAAUAAGGGGAAAUUGUCAGUCUCUCCCGCCAUUGCAAAGGAAGAGUAUGUCACUUUAAGAGAAAUCGAAUCGAGUAUUUUGGCCGAAUUCAAUCGAAUAAAUGGAAGUAAGGCUGAGCAACCAACAAAGGAUGGUAAACCACUAAAAGAAGCUGUUGAUCCUUUUAAACAGUUUUUUGUCAAACGUAAUCUUUGUUUUAUAUCUCUCUUUAAUUUGAAAAAAGAGUAUCGCGAAAAUAAGAAAGUAGGAAGUCCUUUCUGA